AGAAAGUGGGAAUAUUCUGUGCACAAUAGAGCAAAUCAUAACAAAAAUGACAAUAUCUAAUUUGUUGCAGGAUGCCAAUUUCUCGUUCUAAAUUAGGGAAUUUAAUUGUUUGUGGAAUAUAUUCCGAACAUUCAGUAACAAGUAUGGACCAAAUUUUAAGCGGACUUAUUAAAAGUAACCACAAUGAGAAGCUGAAAGUCAAUAUUAUUAAGAAAAAAAUCGCCCCUGCGGGUGCUCAAAAACAUAGCGAGGGUGAAGUAAUGAAAGUAUUGGCUGUAUGCUGGGAUGCAAUUCUGCAAGGAAUGACUACUUUUGAAACGGAAGAUUGCAAAGAGGUCUAUGUAUCUUGGGCAAAAAACAAUCCACAAGCGUUCUAUACUUUUUUUGAUGAAAACAAAAUAGAUGCACUAUUUAAUGGCACCUAUAUAUCAACCCCAAUUAAUAUAAUAUGGAUUGCUCAUCAGAGUGCUAUUCUAAUUCGAGAAACAUCAACUUUUCAGUAUUUCACAGGAAUAUUUCAUUCGAAAUUUUCAGAAAUACUAGCCUCAGAAAAUAAUCUGGAUCUUUUAGCUAAUAUUUGCCGAAUGAUGAUUGAUUUACCGGAGCUAGCUCUAUGCAAAGGAAAAAAUGUUAUAUUUUGUAUAUACAUAGUGAAAAGUGUAUCAAAAGUUACUUUACCGGAUAUCAAUGAUCCUGCAAUUUUAAGAAGCUUUGCCUCCAAAGUUACGAACGAUAUUGGUAGAUUAAUGAAGAUAAUAUGGAAAGCGGAUAGUAAUAGCCUGUAUGUCAGUUUACAAACGAUAUUCAGGUUUUUAUGUCAAGAGAAUGAAAAUGACGACUCAUCAUUUGCCCAUGCUGGAUUAAUCUCUAAUGUACCCACAAAUUAUAUUGAAAAGUCUAGUGAAUACAUCUGUAAAUUCGACGGAAGCGAUACAGCUCUUUUCAAAGUGCUGGAAAAGAUAAUCGAAUGGCUACGUUGGCCCAUCACCAAAAAUAUCGAUCGUUUAAUAUCAUCUGUAUUAGUUACACUUGAACGAUCAUCAAGGCAUCUAGUCCUACUGGAGUGCAUUGCUAUAAAAGCAAAAUUUGUACUAUCUUUAAUAAAGGAUCCAAAUACAAGAACAAGUUCUUGUAAAGUUCUAGAACAUAUGUUGUUACGAUAUGUACAGCCUUUACCAACUGUUUUCCAUUCUCUGUUGGAUGAUUUUAUCAUUUUAAUAGAAAAAUUAAAUAAGAACGGUGAUAAAGAAACACUAAGGAAUGUUGCCAAUAUAAUCUAUGGGCUAAUGCAUAUCUAUUCUGGUUUUCCUGAUUUAUACUUACCCAUUAGUGAUACAUUAAAAAGUUUAGGAAUUUCCAAGCCAAACGACUUAAUAUUGCAAAGCUACAAAGACAAUUGUAAAGCCCUACUCACCGAUGAUAUACGAGAGGGAAUAAUUAGCUCUUCCAAUACUAACGACAGUCGUAGGGGAACUCUUCGAAAAAUUGGAUUGAUAAACGAAGGAAACACUUGUUAUAUAAACUGCGUGAUUCAAGCUCUUUAUAUGUGUAAAAUAAAUAAUGUUCUAAGUGCUCAUAUCUCGGUUGAAGAAUCUGAAUUUAGGGAAUUACAGAACCUUUUCGCCAUAUUGACUUUUGCUAGAAAAUCAGUAGUUAGCGCUCUGGAUUUUAUAAAUGCAUCGGUACCACCGUGGGUCAGGGAUAGUAAGGGAAAAGCACUACUGACCCAGCAAGAUUGCUAUGAAUAUUUAAGUUAUUUACUGGAUCAGUUGGAUGAAAAAUCAGCAACGAAAGAUAAAGUUAUUGAUAGAUUAUUCACUGGAGAAAUGUCUUUUUUUAUGAAGUGCUUAAAUUGUUUAAAUGUUUCGGUUACGAAACAGCCUUUCAAAGUAUUAAAUCUUUCAUUUCCUAAAUGUAACGAACUUGAAGAUUUAUCUCUCGAAACUCUAUUCUCUCAUUGGAGAGCUCCUGAAAAUCUUAGUGGGGAGUGUCAGUAUGAAUGUGAUGUUUGUAAUAGCAAGCAAGACGCUGAACGAUCACAGAAAAUUACCAAAGUUGGUGAAUACUUAAUCCUAACACUUGGCAGAUAUCGAUCGAUUGGAGGAAACAGUGAAAAGAUUCGAACUAAUGUCACAUAUCCAUAUAUAAUACCAUCACCUUCGAAUAACGGUGAUAAAUAUCAUUUAAAUGCCGUUAUAUUUCAUCAUGGUUAUUCUUUAAGUCAUGGACACUACUAUACCUAUGCUCGUGAGUCUGAUCAAUGGAUAUUAUUUAACGACGCUGUCGUCAGAGAAACUGACUUUGAUUGUCUCAAGACUGUAACCAAAAGAAUACGAGAAGAGAGUGCAUACGUUUUGGUUUACGUCUUGGAAGGUUCUAUUAAUGACGAAGAAAUGAAUGAGGCGACCUACAACCGCUUGUAUUCCAAGUUUAAACACAUUAUUAUGAAAGCUGAGGAAAGCACAGAAAAAGAGCAAAACAAUGGUAGGUUUUAUAAAUCAAAGCGCUGGGAUAAAGACGAUAGAAAUCCACCAGGAUCAUGCGGCGGAGGUGGUGGCGGUGAAUGGAAUAUUGGAGAAUCUAAUAGAUUCGUUUUUUAA